AUUUUAUGAAAAUUAUGCAGUUAAAAAAAGAAAUAAUGAACUCAUUAGAAAUAUUGAAUUUUAUUUGAAUAUAUAAAAGAAAGAUCGUUUGUCGAAUUCACUGAAAUACAUGGUGAAUCUAAUCAUGUCCUAAUUCCGCGGAUUAAUAAUAAUGUCGAACGGAAUUCGCCGGCUCAUCAUGUCAAUGGAUCAUCGAUCGGAACUAUCCAACAAUCUUCCGGAAGUAAUCUAGUAGAAUAUGAUAUUUUAACAAGAAUGUGAUCAAGAUGAAAGAAUGAAUAUUAUACUUAUGUCAUAUUGUUUGAUGAUUUUCUAAAAUGGGAAACUGCUUGUGUCCAGACAAUUCAAACCUUAACAAUUCAUCAUCUCCAGCCACUGGAGCAGUUCAGCUGAAAAAACCCGAGCCAAAUGGAGCUGUUGUAUCUCCUAAUCAGAUAACAAUAACAACAAACCCACAGCCUGAUAGUCCGGCUGUUUCUGUUGUUUCUUCGCAGCCUGCAGAACCAUCAGCUAGUGAAGCCUCAACCAGCAAUGUCAAAAUAUUUAUUUCACUUUAUGAUUAUGAUGCUAGAACAGCUGAGGACUUAAGUUUUAUAAAAGGGGAGCAUCUAGAAAUUCUCAAUGACACACAAGGAGAUUGGUGGUAUGCUAAAUCAAGAUUGUCAAAGAAGGAAGGAUAUAUACCAUCUAAUUAUGUAGCCAAGUUGAAAAGCUUAGAGUCUGAACCAUGGUAUUUUGGCAAAAUCAAACGAGUGGAAGCAGAAAAGAAACUUCUAUUACCAGAAAAUGAACAUGGAGCAUUUUUGAUCAGAGACAGUGAAAGUAGAAGAAAUGACUAUUCACUUUCAGUGAGAGAUGGAGACACAGUAAAGCAUUACAGAAUAAGGCAACUUGAUGAGGGAGGAAUUUUCAUUGCUAGACGAGUGACAUUCAGAACAUUAUCAGAAUUAGUAGACCAUUAUUCAGAGGAGGCUGAUGGACUGUGUGUUAAUCUUAGAAAACCAUGUACUCAGAUUGAGAAACCACAGACAGUUGGUUUAUCAUACAACACAAAAGAUCAAUGGGAAAUUCCUAAGUCAUCCCUGAAACUUCUACGCAAGAUAGGUCAUGGUCAGUUUGGUGAAGUAUGGGAAGGCAUGUGGAACAGUACUACACCUGUAGCAAUCAAAACAUUAAAACCAGGUACUAUGGAUGCCAAAGAUUUCCUUGCCGAGGCUCAGAUCAUGAAGAAAUUACGACAUCCCAAAUUAAUACAACUGUAUGCUGUCUGUACACAAGAUGAACCAAUAUUUAUUGUUACAGAAUUAAUGAAACAUGGAAGUCUAUUGGAUUUCCUACAAGGUAAAGGCAGACAAUUAAAACUGCCCCAGUUGAUAGACAUGGCAGCACAGAUAGCCAGUGGUAUGGCAUAUCUAGAAUCUCAGAAUUAUAUUCACAGAGAUUUAGCAGCCAGAAAUAUAUUAGUUAGUGACAGUAGUAUUGUGAAAAUUGCAGACUUUGGCUUAGCCAGAGUAAUAAAGGAAGAUGAAUAUGAAGCCAGAGUUGGUGCUAGAUUCCCCAUAAAAUGGACAGCCCCAGAGGCAGCUAAUUAUAAUAGAUUUACAAUCAAAUCUGAUGUAUGGUCAUUUGGUAUACUACUUACAGAAAUAGUUACUUUUGGCAGAAUACCAUAUCCAGGUAUGACGAACGCUGAAGUGCUUCACCAAGUAGAACAUGGAUAUAGAAUGCCAGCUCCGCCAAAUUGUUCACAGACUCUUUAUGAAAUAAUGCUAGAAUGUUGGAGAAAGGAAGAAAUGGAAAGACCAACAUUUGAAACAUUACAAUGGAAAUUAGAGGACUUCUUUAACCUUGAUGGCAAUGACUAUAAAGAAGCAUCAAGCAUUCGAUAAUGUUAUAUAAAGAAACCAUUUUACAUAUUCUGAUUUCUCGAUUAUGGAUAUACAUAGUACUGGGACUAAGUGCUGGAAAACAUACCAGGGUAUAAUCGAGAUUUACAAGGCAGCCUUGAAGAUGAUGGUUUUAAAACAGAUAACAGAGAAAAAAAUGGAUGCUUACACAUCAAUUUUAUCUAUUGUGGAUUGAUUUAUUUUCAUGGGUACCAAUUUUGGUGGAUUAUGGAAAAUUUUCUUGGAUUUUUAAUUUCAUGGUUUUGCUAAAGUCUGCAUAAAAGCCUACAGGAAAUGUGUUAUCGUUGAACAUUUGAUUUUGUGGUUCACCCGUAUGAAAUCCACGAAAAUUAGUAUCCAACGAAUAAUAAUGAAUCCACAGUAUUUUUUUCCUCAAUAGUGUUGUAUGUCAGUGUAUGUUUAUAUUGCUGAAUGUGAUUUUAAUUUUAUAAGGCAAUUGCACAUUAUAUUGCAAAAUCAACAUCUGACAAAACUGUUCCAACUGAUGUUAUACAUGUUAUACAUUCAGAAUGUUUUAAUGUUUAACCAAUUGAUUUACCGAGAGUAAUAUAAUAA